AAAACACUCCUUUCUCCUGUCGAAGUCUCGGUCGAAAAUGGCUGCUCUCUGUCUCUCUCUGCACCCAACCAUGAAGCCCCUAAGAGCAAAACCCAUCUCCAAUCUGAUCUUACCGUCACCCUCUCUCCUGAAAUCAACGGUCAGGAUCCAGCAGUUACAAAAACCCACUGUGACUCGCAUGUCAUACAACCCCACGCCGGCGACGGAGCGGUUAAUCUCGGCGGCCGCUUACACUCUCCCAUUCUUCAAUUCUUUACAGUAUGGUCGUUACCUCUUUAUGCAAUACCCGAAGCUUGGAGUCAUCUUCGAUCCGCUGCUCCCUCUCUUGAGCCUGUACAAAUCGGUCCCCUACGCGAGCUUCGUGGCGUUCUUCGCUUUGUAUUUGGGCGUGGUAAGGAACCCUAGUUUCAGUCACUAUGUGAGAUUCAAUUCAAUGCAGGCGGUGACUUUGGAUGUGCUCUUGGUGGUACCUUUGUUGUUGACUCGGAUAUUGAGUCCGGGUCGGGGAGGGUUAGGAUACAGCUUGAUGAUAUGGGGUCAUAAUGUGGUGUUUUUGUUUAGUUGUAUUUGUUUUGUUUACGGGGUUGUUAGUUGCAUACUUGGUAGAACCCCGUAUUUGCCGUUCGUCGCCGAUGCUGCUGGUAGGCAAGUGUAGGUGGUGUUUUCUCCUUUAUUUUUUUGAAAUAUGAAUAUGAAUUUUGUCUGUUAUCUGGGUUAAUUUGCUUAGUAACUUUAUUCAAUUUCUGCA